UACACGCAUCUUUGGCAGACCAGCAAGGGUACACAGUACUGCACAACAACAACAAGCAAAUCAAGAACAAUUGAAACAACAUAGUUGAUGGUUUAGCCGUGGCAAACAGCAGCAACCAAGUUUCUUUGAUGGAGGAACUGAAAAAAUGCACUGAAAAUACUGGGAAAGAGCAAGGUGAAGGAUGAGAAAAAGGAGCUGUUUUGAUUAAACGGGUUCUUUUGCUUUUCUUCUCUCUGUCGAAGUCGGGAGAUUGAUUAUUUCAUGACAUGCAAGGAAAUAUUUUUUGUGUUGCCGUUGGUAAAAAUAUAGUCUUUCUAUUUUAUCCGAUUCUCCAGAUAACACGGCGAGCGUCUUUGUCUGUGUGCUACAGUACAAAUGCACUUUCAGUUACAGGCUAAAGAGGCUGUGGAACUCCCGGGUUUUGGUUCUAUUUGUCAACAAGACAAGUGGAUAAAGCAGCUGGAAGCUAAUAGCUUUGGCUUUGAAAACAUCUUCUAUUGCAACAACCGACAAGGACCAGGUUCUGUUCUUCAUAUGAAAAGAAGCCAAAGCCCACCCACAUCUGCUUCCACUCUCUCUUCUUUCAACGGCGGAGCCGCCGGUACUGGUGGAGAAGUUAAUUCCACCGGAAACAUCAACACUACGGCGGCUACCAUUGCACCACUCGAGACUACAGUUCCGAGCAACAAUAAAGAAGAAUGGGUUACGGAGCUUCAACCCAUCCCGAUUGAACUAGACCUUGUUCCAGGGGGUGCUAUGCUGUCUGAGUCAGCCGUGCCUAUGAGUCAAGACCACUCGCUUCUGCGUUGGUUCGCCGGUGACGUUGAUGACCCUUUUUUGGGUUUCAAACAGCUGCUUCAGAGUGGAAGCAAUGGUCUUGAUUUCGAAGGUAAUGCAGGGUUGCGGGUUGCUGAUCAGGGUCCGGGAUCUGACCCAAUUGCUAGCCUUGCUUGUUUUGGUAUUGGUAACGCGAAUUCAAGUGCUGCUCUUAAUUUGGGUGGUUUUCCUGGUUCUGGGUUUGUGCCAAAUGCCAACAACAAUCAGAAUGUAAAGAUAGGUUCGGUCAGUCAAAGUUGUUCAUUUGAGCUGGUUAACAAUCGUAAAGUUCUUGGUGCUACUGUUGGGUUCAAUAAUAAUAUUCAAGAUCCAAACUUUACUUCUACGGCUAGCAAUUUUGGUAUUCCUGAUUCUUUGCCUACGCUUUACCAACAGCAGCAUCAAGUUCAAUAUCUUGAAAGCCAAGAAGGGAAAUCUCAGAUUUUGAUUGGUCAGCAACAGCAUCCCCAAAUUCCAAACUUUUUCUUUCCAUUGCCUCAAGAACAGCAGCUACUUCAGCCUUUACUGAAGCGGCUUAAUCCUGGUAACUUAGAACUUUCUUCUCAGACCUCAAAACUCCCAUUUUCUGACGCCGAACGUGAGUUGUUUAUGAGAAAACAGCAGCAACAGCACAUGGGGUUUUCUCAGGGAGUCCAGUAUGUUCCACAGCAGCAGCUGCAGCUGAUGGUGGAGAGACAGAAAGUACUGGGUCCGGGAGAAGAGAAUGCACAGCAACAGAUUCAACAAGCCACAUUGUUCGACCAGCUUUACAAGGCUGCUGAGUUGGUAGGGACUGGGAAUUUUUCACAGGCGCAAUUGAUAUUGGCGCGGCUCAAUCACCAGGUCUCCCCUGUAGGUAUGCCCUCACAAAGGGCUGCUUUCUACUUCAAGGAGGCUUUGCAAUUACUUCUCCUCAUGCAUAACCCAGUCUCGCCUCCACCUCCGAGGAACCCUACCCCUUUUGACGUUAUCUUCAAAAUGGGGGCUUACAAGGUCUUCUCUGAAGUCUCUCCGCUUAUCCAAUUCAUCAAUUUUACUUGCAAUCAGGCUCUCCUUGAAGCUCUUGAUGGCGCUGAUCAGAUUCACAUUGUAGACUUCGAUAUUGGAUUUGGUGCUCAGUGGGCUUCCUUUAUGCAGGAGCUUCCCAUGAGGAGUGGAGGAGCUCCGAUGUUGAAAAUUACUGCAUUUGUCUCACCUUCAACACACCAUCCUAUUGAGCUUGAGCUUAUGCGUGAAAAUCUUGUGCAGUUUGCUAAUGAAAUUGGCAUAAAUUUUGAGCUUUUGGUGCUGAACUUUGAUUAUUUAGUUCAAACCCGUUACCCUUUGCCAAUUUUUCGAUCAAGUGAAAAUGAGGCAGUUGCUGUGAAUCUCCCUAUUUGGUCUUCUUCAAUUCAGCCCUCGGCUUUGCCCAAUCUUAUGCACUUUUUGAAGCAGCUAUCACCGAAAAUUGUGGUGUCUUUAGACCAAGGGUGUGAUAGAAAUGGUCUGACAUUCCCACAACAUGUAAUCCAUGCCUUUCAGUCAUAUAUAAACCUGUUAGAAUCGCUUGAUGCCAGUGAUGUGACAUCCGAUGCUGUGAACAAGAUCGAGAGGUUCCUUCUUGUGCCAAGAAUUGAAAACGCCCUGUUGGGGCGUCUGCAAGUACCUGAAAAGAUACCUCUUUGGAAGACACUUUUUUCCUCAGCUGGUUUAACUCCUGUGACAUUCAGUAACUUCACUGAAACUCAGGCAGAUUGUGUGGUAAAGAGGUCUCAAGUGAGGGGAUUUCAUGUUGAGAAGCGCCGGGCAUCGCUUGUUCUUUGCUGGCAGCAGAGGGAUCUUAUCUCAGCUUCAGCUUGGAGGUGCUGAGUAGCAUCCUCAGAGACAGGCAGGGGAGGUUGGUUUUUCCGGUAACUCAUAAAUCACAAUCUAUCAACUCUAUCCGGAAUCAUUAAUUAAGUCAAUAAUUGUUAAACUCUGCAGCUUUAAUGACUUAAUACUUGUUCAUCGUUGUAUUUGUAUGUCUCCUCUGCUUGUUUGUUUAGUAUAGUUUCAAUUCCCGGUAGAAGAGAACAUCUGACUGCAAAAUUUUAGUGUGGACUUUUCGUUCUGGAUGUAUUGAUAUUUCUGCUAUGGUAUUCUGGUUUAUUUUGGUUUUUGGUGAGAAGUUUCGUUUUCUGGUUAAGGUGGUGACAAUUUGUUGUACAUUCGACAACAAAUCAGUUCUAAAAUUGCAAAUACAACCUACCAGAAUUUAGUUUUACGUUUGUUGGUAUUGUUGACAAG